CCGUUUGUGUGGAUCGAGAGAGGGUCGUUGCAACACAAGAUUGGGCAGCAGAGAAACAAAUGCUCUCGCGUUCUUCUUCUUAAUGAAUCUCACUCUUCCUCUUCCUCCCCUCCCAUCUUUCUCCAUUUCUGAAACGGACCACGCCUUUUGGGGCUUCUUUUCUUUUAUCUAACGCCUUUCUCGAGGUUACCUUUCAGGAGAUUGGAUAUGGAAAUGUGAUCCAGAUUCUAAUUUUCAUUCUUCUCCCGCUUCUGUUGCCUGCGAGACUUUCUUUUUUUGUUUUCUCCCUGUUUCUGUUGUGGGUCAGCUCUUUUCUUAGGUGAAUUCAAGACCGGCGAUCUGAAUAUACAAACUUCAGAGAAAAAAAUGGGUAUAAUCAGUACUAUAAUGGGUUUCUUUGGAUUUGGCGUGGGGAUCACAAUUGGCCUUGUUGUCGGAUAUUAUCUUUUCAUCUAUUUCCAGCCAACUGAUGUCAAGGACCCUGACAUCCGCCCACUAGUUGAGCAAGACAAUGAAACAUUGCAACGGUUGCUUCCGGAGAUACCACUUUGGGUUAAAAACCCAGAUUAUGAUCGUGUUGAUUGGCUUAACAAAUUCAUUGAAACAAUGUGGCCUUAUUUGGACAAGGCAAUCUGCAAGACUGUAAAGACUAUAGCAGAACCAAUUAUCAAGGAGCAGAUCCCUAAAUACAAGAUUGAAUCUGUGGAAUUUGAAUCACUUACAUUGGGCUCCUUGCCUCCUACAUUUCAAGGAAUAAAAGUUUAUCUUACAGAGGAAAAGGAAUUGAUAAUGGAAUUAUCAUUGAAGUGGGCUGGAAAUCCUAAUGUUAUUGUUGCAGCUAAGGCAUUUGGACUGAAAGCUACUGUUCAGGUUGUUGAUUUGCAAGUGUUUGCAUGUCCUCGUAUCACCCUGAAACCACUGGUUCCAACCUUCCCAUGUUUCGCAAACAUAUUUGUGUCUCUCAUGGAGAAGCCUCAUGUUGACUUUGGACUGAAAGCACUAGGAGCUGAUGCAAUGUCAAUUCCUGGCCUCUAUAGAUUUGUUCAGGAGCUUAUUAAAGACCAGGUUGCUAAUAUGUAUCUAUGGCCCAAAACUCUUAUAGUACCAGUUAUGGAUCCAGCCAAAGCAAUGAAGAGACCUGUUGGUAUUUUAAAUGUGAAAGUUGUUAGAGCACUGAAGCUUAAGAAAAAAGAUCUUUUGGGAGCAUCAGAUCCUUAUGUGAAGCUGAAACUAACUGACGACAAGCUUCCAUCGAAGAAAACAACUGUCAAGCACAAGAACUUGAACCCUGAAUGGAACGAAGACUUUAAUAUCGUCGUUAAAGAUCCUGAAAACCAAGUGUUGGAGAUAGAUGUCUAUGAUUGGGAACAAGUUGGGAAGCAUGACAAGAUGGGUAUGAAUUUAAUUCCAUUGAAAGAGCUUGAACCGGAACAAACUAAAGAGAUGACUCUAGAGCUUCUGAAAAAUGCGGAUCCUAAUGAUGUUCAAAAUGAGAAAUCUCGUGGACAGAUUGUUGUUGAGGUUAUGUACAAGCCUUUCAAGGAAGACGAAAUACCAAAAGAUGACGACAAUUUGGACGAUGUUCAGAAAGCUCCAGAAGGAACUCCAGACAGUGGAGGUUUGCUUGUAGUAAUCGUUCAUGAAGGUCAGGAUUUAGAAGGAAAGCACCACACGAAUCCUCAAGUUCGUUUGCUAUUCAAGGGAGAUGAAAAGAGAACCAAGACUGUGAAGAAGAACAGAGAUCCGAGGUGGGAUGAAGAGUUUCAGUUCAUGUUGGAGGAACCGCCAACUAACGACAGGAUACAUGUUGAAGUUGUUAGUACUUCUUCCAGAAUGGGCCUAUUGCAUCCAAAGGAAACUCUUGGCUAUGUGGAUAUAAACCUGUCUGAUGUGGUGAGCAACAAGAGGAUUAACGAGAGAUACAAUCUUAUUGAUUCGAAGAAUGGAAGGGUUCAGAUAGAGAUGCAAUGGCGAACAUCGUCGUGAUUAUGUCCAUGUGAAAG